AUGCAAGCUACACCCCGUGUGGCACAAGCCUUGCGCUUGAACUUGGCGCAUUCCUUUUCUACGUGCGCACGACUGCAAGGGGCUUCCGGACUCAAGAUCAAUGCCGAUCGGCUCUGGGAGACGUUGCAUGAAACUUGCAAAUGGGGUGAAUCACAUCGAUAUGGCGAAAAGACUACGGAGACGGGGAUGGCCCGUCUGACCUUGACCGAUGAUGAUGCUCGGGUACGCAGGUGGCUCGCUGCUGAGGUUGAAAAGCUCGGAUGUACUCUUUCUGUAGACCAGAUGGGAAACAUGUUCGCACGUCAGCCUGGCAAGCUCAAGUCUGCCAAACCUAUGACUGCGAUGGGAAGCCAUCUCGACACUCAGCCUCGUGGUGGUCGAUAUGACGGCAUCCUGGGAGUUAUGGCCGCACUCGAAGUUUUGAGAACGAUGAAGGAUAAUGGUUUCAGCACGAAUUUUGACAUUGGCAUUGUGAAUUGGACCAACGAGGAGGGUGCCCGGUUUCCAAAGUCUAUGUGCUCUUCCGGAGUCUGGGCUGGAGCUGUUCCAAUCCAGAAAGCAUGGAAUCUACAGGACAUCCACAAUCCAGACGUGAAACUGCGUUCCGAACUCAUAAGGCACGGGUAUCUGGGUGAAUUGCCAUGCGAUGCUACCUCAGGCUUCCGACUCGGCGCUCAUUUCGAGCUUCAUAUUGAGCAGGGCCCUAUCCUUACAGACAGUGGACGGUCCAUCGGCAUUGUGCAAGGUGCUCAAGGAUACAGGUGGUUGGCCUUCACCAUCAAGGGAAAGGACGCUCAUACUGGAACGACACCCCUGAGCGCUCGUCAGGAUCCUUUGCUUGCGGCAUCCCGGAUGAUUGCUGCAUCUAACGAUAUCGCGACGCGACAUGAUGCAUUAGCUUCGACUGGCAUCCUCAAGGUGCCUUCAAAUGCCUCUACUAACACGAUCGCAUCAGAGGUGACAUUUACUCUCGACAUUCGGCAUCCACUUGAUGAUGUUGUCCAAGCGGUUCAGAAAAAGUGCCUCGAAGCAUUUACGAGGAUCGCCGCUCAGGAUGGCAAGGGCGUCACUUUCGACUGGACUUUGGAAACCGAUUCCCCGGCUGUCCGGUUUGACAAGGGUUGUAUUGCAUCGGUUCAAGAAGCGGCAGACACUCUGGUUGGGCCUAAUGGAUCCAUGCCGCUAACAAGCGGUGCUGGGCAUGAUAGUGUUUACACUAGCAAGCACUGUCCGACAACUAUGAUAUUUGUUCCUUGCAAGGACGGUGUCAGUCACCACCCAACAGAAUAUUGUAGCCCAGAGCACUGCGCUCUUGGUACUCAAGCACUGCUUGAAUCUGUGGUACACUAUGACAGCUUCCGAUUGAGCCAAGGCACAGAGGUCUGA